CCUCGCGGGUGAACGAUGGCGAAUCGAGUGCUCGGCGGUACGACAGUGAAUUCGCCUAAACAACUGUACAAAUAUUUAUUGCGCGAAUGCGAGAAGCUGCCGAAACAUACGCAGCAAUACUACAAACAUUCCGUCAAACAAAGUUUCAAACAGCAUGCUUCGGAGGCUGACGAGGAACGUGUGCAACAGAUUAUGGAGCGUGCACUGUUAGAUGCCAAGUGGGUGAUACAGAAGGUAUUUUUCGACUUGUAUACACUAAUACGUUAG